AUUGGGAAAACCACAAAGCUACAAACCAAAACCAAAUGGACAUCCCAUACAUCUUCCUCCUCUUCAUCUUCACAUUCUUCCUCGCCAAACACUUCCUCCACAGAUACAAAAACCUCCCGCCAAGCCCUUCCCCCGCCCUCCCCAUACUAGGCCACUUGCACCUCUUGAAAAAGCCGCUCCCCCGGACCCUAUCCGCCCUCUCCAAAACCCACGGCCCGAUCCUCUCCCUCCGAUUCGGCUCCCGCCCGGUCCUCCUCGUCUCCUCCCCUUCCGCCGCCGAGGAAUGUUUCACCAAAAACGACGUCGUUUUCGCCAACCGCCCCAAGCUGCUCGCCGGGAAGCACCUCGGGUACAACUACACCACCCUCGUGUGGGCCUCCUACGGCCAGCACUGGAGGAACCUGAGAAGACUCGUUUCAACCGAGAUUCUGUCGGCCAACCGGAUCCAAACGUUUAAAACGAUUCGGGUCGACGAGGUCCGGCGGCUUCUGGGUCGGGUUUAUCGGAACUGCUCGGACGGGGAUUUCGCUGCGGUGGAGAUGAAGACGGUGUUGUUUGAGAUGACGCUCAAUAAUAUCAUGAGGAUGAUUGCUGGGAAGAGGUAUUAUGGGGAGAAAAUGGCGGAUUUGGAGGAUGAAACAAGGAAGUUCAAGGAGAUGGUGACCGAGAGUUUUGAAUUGAGCGGGGGCGCGAAUAUAGGAGAUUUCUUUCCUGUCUUGAAUUGGGUUGGACUGAAUGGGCUUGUUAAGAGGUUGAAGGUGUUGCACCAGAAGAGGGAUAAGUUCAUGCAAGAUUUGAUUGAAGAGCAUAGGAAGCAGAAGAAGAGCGAGAAUUUUCGCGAUCAGCAGACGAGCAAGACGAUGACUGACGUGCUGUUGUCGCUUCAGGAAAACGAACCGGAGUAUUAUACAGAUGAAAUUAUCAGAGGAUUGAUGCAGGUUAUGUUAAUUACAGGGAGCGACACUUCAGCUGGGACAGUAGAAUGGGCAUUAUCACUUCUACUGAACAAUCCCGAUACCCUCAAAAAGGCUUAUAUGGAAAUCAAGAGUAGAAUUGGUGAGCAAAAUAGACUAUUAGAAGAGUCGGACCUCAACGAGCUUCCUUACCUCCACAAAAUCAUAAAAGAGACACUCCGAAUGUGCCCACCUACCCGUUUGAACGCACCCCGUGAAUCAUCCGAAGAAUGCACCGUAGGUGGCUUUCGCAUCCCACGUGGCACGAUGCUGUUGGUGAACAUCUGGGCCAUACAAAAUGAUUCUGAUCUUUGGCCCGAGCCCACGAAAUUCAAGCCCGAAAGGUGGGGUGAAAGAGACGAUGAUGGGUUUUCGUUCAUUCCAUUUGGGUUUGGGAGGAGGAGGUGCCCUGGGGAAGGGUUGGCUAUGAGAGUGAUUGGUUUGGUGUUAGGAUCCCUCAUCCAGUGCUUUGAAUGGGAGAGGGAUGGGGAGGAGAUGGUCGACAUGACCGAGGGGUCGGGUCUCACUGCGCCCAAGGCUCAACCCUUGGUUGCGAAAUGUAGGCCACGCCGUGCCAUGGUGAAUUUGCUUUCACAACUUUGAGAAUAUAUCACAAACAGAAUAAAUCAACCAAAUCGACGCGACAAUGGAAAGUUUGAAAAUAAAACGCUCGAUCGAUGGUUGGGGUUUUGUAUGAAAUGGAACGACCAUAACAAGUCUCAACAUUCUGUAUAACGAUUUUGUUCAUAAAACUCUGUUUGUAUAA